CCGAAGCUAAAAAGAAGCACUCUCCUCCGCCGCGGACCAGUCUGAUCGAUCAAGGUCGAGCGGGGGCGGAGCUCCUAGGUUAUAUUGUAUAUCGCCGCUGUUUUUAUCUCCCUGUCGUGCUGAAGCUGAAUUUGCUCGAUGGAGGACCUACCAGAGGCUCUUGUGAUGGAGAUUAUCAAGAAGAUCACCAGGACAAGUGAUCUGAAUUCUCUUUCCCUUGUGUCAAAGCAGCUCUACAAGAUAGAGGGGAAUCAAAGGGGUGCUAUCCGUGUUGGUUCUGGUCUUUGUGCUGCUACGAAAACACUGACAUCAUUAUGUGCCCGGUUCCCAAAUUUGCGGAAAGUAGAAAUCGAUUACACUGGUUGGAUACCUGGACAUGGCAAUCAGUUGGACAACAAAGGCCUCUUUGUGCUUUCAUCUCAAUGUUCCUCGCUGAUUGACCUCACCUUAAGCUUCUGCUCAUACAUCGAUGACUCUGGGCUUGGUUGUUUAGCUUAUUGCAAGACAUUGGUGUCUCUUCGGCUGAUCUCUGCACCACAAAUAACAUCAAUUGGACUCUUUUCGGUUGCAGUUGGUUGCACGAGUCUAUCUGCUCUCCACCUUAUUGAUUGCAAGAAAAUCAGCAGCGUAGAGUGGUUGGAAUACCUUGGUAUGGAUGGGUCACUGGAAGAGCUUGUAGUGAAGAACUGCGAAGGAAUCAAUCAUCAUGACCUCCUAAAGUUUGGUUCAGGUUGGAUGAAGCUCCAGAAGUUUGAGUUUGAGAGGAAAAGAGGAAGAUUUGAUCGUCUUCCAGGUGAUAAGGUCUAUGACCCCUUGUACGAUGCUCACGGCAUGGAUAUAUAUGACUUCUGCUGCGAGAGUUUGAAGGAUUUAAGGUUGGCGCAUAUUGAAACUUGGCCAGAAAUAGGACUUCGUGUUGUCCUAGGUAAGUGUAAAGCAUUGGAGAACCUUUGCCUUCAGUAUGUCCGUGCCCUAAAUGACAAUGACAUGAUUGCAUUAUCCCGGAGCUGCAGCAACCUUAAAAGCAUCUCACUUUUGCUCAACCUUCAGCGCUACUAUAUUGAUGACGGCUAUUGUGAAACCAGGACGUCAUUUACUGAUAACUGCCUUUACGCUCUAGCCCAAAACUGUCGUAUGCUUCAGACCGUUGACCUCAAAUUUGAAGGAUGUUCUUCUGACUGGCCAUCAGAAAUAGGAUUCACACAGAAGGGUUUUCUGGCGCUUAUUCAGUCCUGCCCAAUUCGCGUUCUCGUGCUAAACACAGCCAACUUCUUGGAUGACGAGGGGAUGAAGGCCCUCUCAUCCUCACCACAUCUGGAGACACUUGAGCUUAUAUUUUGUUCUGCGGUAACUGAUGCUGGGAUGUUCUUCAUUGCGCACGCCCUAUGCUUGAGAAAUCUCACGCUUCGGGUGUGUCAUCAGGUGACUGAUGUUGGAGUGGCUGAACUGGGACGUGAAUGUAAGUUAGAGUCUUUGGUCAUUGAGUAUUGUGGUGAAAUAUCUCUGCAAGCUGCGCAGGGUGUUGCCAAGUCAGUUCACUACUCCAGGGACUGUUCAGCCGCCUUUAUGUGGUAAAUUGGUUUGGGUGGCACCUGUUGAUGAAGGAUCUUCAGUAUAAAUUUGCUUCUGAAGUCAUUUAAGUUGUUGAGUGUGCACCAUUGGACAAGGCUGUGCAUCAUCCGACCCAGAUUAAUUUCUCUGAACUUUGUAUUGCCUUCUACCUUUACUGCAAUGCUUCUUGUGUAUGGCAUCCUAAUGAUGAAACUUUGGAUGUCAUCUUGUUGCUCAAUUUCUAGUCUCUGUAGCUUCUUUGAAAUCCGCAUGGACGGCCCCAGGAUGCCUUGUUUUUGCUGUGGAUGCAGUAUAUGACCGUUUGGUUUUUAUUGUUUUAUUGAACAAAUGUCAUGAACCCUUUUUUAUUACGAAAGUGAUUCUGGAGACA